AUGCCUCGUGGAGGCGCGUGUAACACAGUGCCUCUCGAUUCACCAUAUCUUGGCGUCGCUGCUGCAUCACGACGCCUCUUUGGCAUCUCGGAUGGAUCACCUUAUCCGAUUGCAAGACACAAAGAGGAUGAAGAUUUAGUGUAUUGGGCAGUUGAUUUGUCUUCUGAACAAGAACACGGCGUCGUUUUGGAGUUGGGAAGUAAGAAGCUCUGUUUCGUUGAGGUUAGGACAUUAAUGGUGACUGCUGAUUGGGAGGAUCAACAAGCUAUGGAUGAGUUAGCUAUUGCAGGAGAUAUGAGAGCAUUGCUUGAGUGGCAUAAAGUGUCACACUUUUAUGGAGCUUGUGGAGGUUUAACUGUUCCAAAGGAAGCUGGGAGAAGAAAACAAUGCUCAAACGAGGCUUGUGGAAAGAGGGUUUAUCCCCGGGUUGACCCGGUGGUUAUAAUGUUGGUUAUUGAUCGAGAGAAUGAUCGUGCGCUUUUGAGUAGACAAGCUAGGUUUGUGCCGAGAAUGUGGAGUUGUUUAGCUGGAUUUAUUGAGCCAGGGGAAAGCUUAGAAGAGGCUGUGAGGCGAGAGACAUGGGAAGAGACUGGGAUUGAAGUAAGAGAAAUAGUCUAUCACAGCUCUCAACCAUGGCCUGCUGAGUCCAGUGCUCCGCAGACCUACAAACCUGGGGAAAAUGCUGCAAAAAGAACAAUGGAGGCAGAGAUUCUGAAAAUUGAGAAGAACGCUGAAGGGAUUGUGUUGUUGGAUGAGGAGGAAGAAACUGUUCAGGACAAGAACGUCGCGGUUACUACAACCAAUGAAAACAGUUCUCCAGUUACUCCUCUCAAGUUAGACUAA